AUGGACGAGGUGCAGCAUCUGCAUCUUGAGACAGCCGGUGCAGACCUCAAAGUUGUGAAUGGCGCUGUGGUUAUCGAGGACCGGGUACACAAAGAGAAGGCACUCUUGCGCAAGAUCGACAUUCGCAUGAUGCCUCUCAUGAUAAACAACAUUGCCACCGCACGGCUCGGCAGUCUCGAAGAGGACAUUGGGCUAGUCGACACACAAUACAACACUGUCAUUAGCAUAUUCUUCGUGGGAUAUAUUCUCACUCAGAUUCCGACCAAUAUGAUUCUCAACAAAAUGCGACCAUCCAUAUUCCUGCCCACCGUCAUGUGCUGCUGGGCCGUUGUAAGCGCUUCUACCGGAGGAGUGCAAAGUUAUGGUGGAUUGGUAGCCCUUCGUUUCGUAUUGGGUUUCGUCGAGGCUCCCUUCUUCCCUGGUGCCCUCUUCCUCUUCAGCUCUUGGUACACAAAAAAGGAACUUGCCGCGCGUAUCUCGGUUCUCUACGCCGCAGGUCAAAUGUCAGGGGCCUUUGGCGGGCUCCUGGGUAGUGCCAUCAUGGGGGGCAUGGAAGGAAAGGCCGGUCUUGCCGCUUGGCGAUGGCUGUUCAUCAUCGAAGGUGCAGCCACAAUACCGGUGGCCAUCCUGACUAGCUUCGUCAUCCCUGACUAUCCAUCCACCACGUCCUUCCUCAGCCCUGAAGAACGCAUCCUUGCCAUCCUCCGUAUCGCCGAAGAAGCUAACGAAGAAGAUGAUCGAGCCGAGACACCGGCCAUGGUCGGCCUUAAAAUGGCUUUUACUGAUCCGGCCCUUUACUUGAUCUGGUUCAUGCAACUCGGCCUCAACACCGCCGCCUCCUUCAUAAACUUCUUCCCCACCAUCGUAGCGACACUCGGCUACUCCCAGCGCGAAACUCUGCUCCUCUCCGCCCCACCAUUCGUAUUCGCCGCCAUCCUCGGCAUAACCAACUCGUGGCACAGCGACCGCACCCGCGAGCGCUGGCUGCAUGUCGUCUGGCCUCAAAUAUUCUGCAGCGUGGGCUUCGUCGUAUCAGCCUCCACCAUGAACGCUGCGGCCCGGUACAUCUCUACUUUCCUCAUGAUGUCGGUGUACGGGUCCUUCGGGUGUAUCUUAUCCUGGGUCUCGACCACACUGUCCCGCCCGUCGUCUAAGAGGGCCGUUUCGUAUGCGGUGGUUAAUGCGUUCUCGAAUUUCGCGAGCAUAUAUGCGAGUUAUUUUUAUCCGAAGCGUCAGGGGCCUAGGUACUGGCAGGCGAACGUGGCGAAUGUGGCGUUUUGCGGGGCGUGUGUUUUCGUUGCGACUGUUUUGAAAUUCUAUUUGAAGUGGAGGAAUGGGAAGUUGGACAGGGCGGCAGAGGAGGAUCUGAACAUCGAGGGGACGGCGGCGGGGAGUCGGACGAAGAUGUUAGCGGAGAGGUGGCACUGUCAUCCGGAUUAUAGGUUUACUCUGUAG